UAUCAAAUGUGAAACCUGCUUCGUAAUGAUGACAUUUAAAAUGUAUGACCUGCACAAGUACAGGAAAUGUCAGAAUCGUGUGAAGCUCUGGUAUAAAUCUCUCUCUCUAUAUAUAUACAAAAAUAACAUGCAAGUGGUUACAUUUUGUAACUCAUUUGGUUUUAAGCCAAUCAAACUGCAGCCACAGAACUAUUUAAAUUUACGACAUAGGGGUAAACCAUUAGCAUUGACUGCAAUUCAAGAUGUCAAAAAGUUUGCUUGCAAAAGAGGAAGCGACAGUAAAUAGAGUGUUUGAUUUGAAUGCUGUUUGACCAAGAUUUCUCUGUUAAGAAUCAAUAUUUGUUGCUAUUCUCAAAUCUUGUUUUUGAUAAGCUCAGGCAGAACUUCAUUAUGGUGACCCCUUGUACUGGAUCACUAAACUGUAAUCAUUCAUGCAGAAAGGAGCAAUACACAGUCAGUCAACCAUGAAAACAUGAUGUAAUUUUGAUGUAACCAAUCAAAAAGUGGAAUAUUAGAUGAUCAUUGGAAAUAUCGUGUAAUCAUUGAAGCAUAAGACAUUUAAUGAAGAUUAUUGAUAGUAUUACAGUAUCAAUUGUAACCCAAGCCAUGCUGUACAUAGACUAAUGGAUUAUUUUCAUUUCUUGUGAUGAUGGUAAUAGGUUUAAGGUAACCUAUGAUGAACUUCAAUAACCUUGCUUUAAUCACUACUUCUAAGUAUCAGGCUGAUAAAUCAUGUCUUUAUAAACCAGUUUGAUUUAUAUAGUGCUGUAUGAUUCAGGUUUGAUUGUGCAGUGAAAUGAUGAGAGAAUGACAUUUCAGUGGCAAAAGUUAAGUCCUACCGAGUUCCAUCAACUCCAGGAAUAUAUAUCUUAUUCAUCUAAGAAGUUAAAAGAUGUUUUGGAGGAUUUACACAUCUCUUGUGACGAGCCCAUGGUAUAUGAUGGAUUUAGAAAGUUUAUGGACAGCUAUAUGGAGGCAGAGAUACCAGAGGAAUUAUGUAAACAUUUGUUUUUAUCAUUAAUGAAAAAGCCAGUCGGACCACCAACAACAACUGGUAAGGAUUAUCACCAUGUACGAGAUGUGGCUGCUGUCACGGCAACACAGACAGUCUGUGCUCCCAUUACGCACCUUGGUGCAGAUAUACAUAUUGACAAAGGCGAAAAACACCAAGGAUUUGUAGAAAAAAUUCAUGGUUUGACAGAAAAACUGCAAGGACUAGGUCUCCAUGGUGAGAAAGGUCAUAGUCGUCAUGACAGCGGGGAGUCUGGGAAACGUAGUCGAGCAGGGUCAACAUCAGCGUCAACACAUCCUGCUGUUGCUGUGACAGCCAAUCCUGCCGUAGAGAAAUCGUUAGCAGCCGGGGACGAUAGUACACCUGAUGUAUCCACUCAUUCUAGAUCAUCGUCAAAAAAGUCAAAUCAUAGUGUUAAUACUAUACAUAAUGGCCAUUCAAUAGAUUCAUUGGACCCAUGGGUUAGACAGUCAAACUCCUCCUUACUGAAAACUGCCCCAGUGGAGCUUAAAUCAGUGAGGAAUAGGUCCAGUAGUAACGAUAUCAAAAAUGGUCACAUGUUUCUUAAAGAUCUAGUUUGUUAUCUGUCUUUGUUAGAGGCCGGUAGACCAGAGGACAAACUAGAAUUUAUGUUUAGGUUGUAUGACACCGAUGGUAACGGUCUCCUUGACAGCAGUGAACUGGAUUGUAUUGUUAACCAGAUGAUGUCUGUAGCAGAAUAUUUAGGCUGGGAUGUAUCUGAACUUAAACCUAUUUUACAAGAUAUGAUGAUAGAGAUAGAUUAUGAUUCUGAUGGUACAGUAUCGUUGGAGGAAUGGAAGAGAGGAGGGAUGACAACCAUACCUUUAUUAGUCUUACUAGGAUUAGAUACAAAUGUACAAGAUGAUGGGACUCAUGUCUGGAGAUUAAAACAUUUUGGGAGACCCGCUUACUGUAAUUUGUGUCUUAAUAUGUUAAUGGGUGUAGGAAAACAAGGGUUGUGCUGUACAUUUUGUAAAUACACAGUACACGAAAGAUGUGUUCAGAGAGCUCCAGCAUGUUGUAUAACUACGUAUGUCAAAUCUAAAAAAACAUCACAGGUAAACAGACCGCAGGUGAUGAACCAUCACUGGGUGGAAGGAAAUUGUCCAGGAAAAUGUGAUAAAUGUAAGAAAUCCGUAAAGACUUUAAAUGGUGUGACAGGACUACAUUGUCGCUGGUGUCACGUUACACUACACAACAAAUGUGCCCCACUUGUCAAACCAGAAUGUGAUCUAGGAGAAUUCCGUGAACAUACAUUACCUCCAACCUGUGUUUGUCCAGCUGUUCUGGAAAGACAGAGAAAUUCAGAAGUCAAAGGGAACAAAAAAGGUUUACAAAGAACAGACUCAACUACAUUUGAAGGCCCUGGUUCAUUUCAAAUCACUCCAUUACCAGGCACACAUCCAUUGCUCAUCUUUCUAAAUCCAAAAAGUGGCGGAAAACAAGGUGCUAAGUUAUUGAGAAAAUUUCAGUAUCUGUUGAAUCCCCGACAGGUGUAUGAUAUGUUAAAAGGAGGACCAAUGCAGGGUUUACAGUUUUUUCAUGACGUCCCAGGAGCCAGAAUAUUAGCCUGUGGUGGAGACGGUACUGUGGGAUGGCUCAUAGAUGCCAUGGAUAAGAUGAAUUAUACAGAAAGACCUGCUGUGGCGGUUUUACCCCUGGGUACAGGAAAUGAUCUAGCCAGGUGUUUACGUUGGGGUGGGGGUUAUGAAGGAGAGAGUUUGAACAAGAUUUUAUUCCGUGUAUCACAUAGCUUACCAAUAAUGAUGGAUAGAUGGAAGAUUGAUUUCAGUAAACCAGAGGAAGGCGAAGAGGAGGAAGGGGAUCCUAUACCUUAUAACAUUAUCAAUAAUUAUUUCUCCAUUGGAGUUGAUGCUUCCAUAUGUCAUCGAUUCCAUGUAAUGAGAGAAAAACAUCCUGAAAAAUUCAACAGCAGGAUGAAAAAUAAACUGUGGUAUUUUGAAUUUGGAACGUCCGAAACUUUAUCUGCAACUUGUAAAGCUUUACAUGAAAAUAUUGAUAUAAUGUGUGAUGGUGUAUCAUUAGACCUUGCCAAUGGUCCACGCUUAGAGGGCAUAGCUGUACUUAAUAUCCCUAGUAUAUAUGGAGGAACAAAUCUUUGGGGAGACAACCCCAGUCAGAAAAAACGACGCAAAGCUCAAAAGAAUGCCAAAAAAGACAAAGACAAAGAAUUUUCUACAAGUAGCAUGUCUUCUGCAGAACUAGCUAUCGCAGUUCAAGAUGUAGGGGACAGAAUGAUAGAGGUUGUAGGAUUGGAGAAUAGCAUGCACAUGGGUCAAGUGUAUGCUGGUCUAAGGUCAUCUGGAAAACGUCUUGCUCAGUGUAACCAUGUUGUUAUAAGAACGAGAAAAAGAUUCCCAAUGCAGAUAGAUGGUGAACCCUGGUUACAACCACCUUGUACAAUAAAUAUAACUCAUAAAAACCAGGUUCCAAUGUUAAUGGGACCACCUUCCAGUAAAAAAACUUCUCUAUUCAAGAUGUUCAAGAAAUGACACCUAAGGUGUUCAUCUUCUGAAUACAAUACAUAACCAAGGGCAGCAUCAUAUAUAGACAUUGAGUAUGCUGUCAUCAUGGGAACCAGCUGCUGGUCGGCAUCCCUGCAUUAGGCCAAAGAGGACAAAAGGGGAGACAACUUCAUUCUACUCACAACAUAAUCAUACAAACUUUGAGAAAAAAGAAAGAUUUUACUAAUGGUCUAUGGAAAAGGUCAAACGGGUGAUUGAAUUUAAAAAAUCCGAGUUCUAUCCUUACUUCUCCAGUUUUCAAGAGUAGAACGGCAAUAAGUUGCGACAAUUCUUUUCUGUAAAAUAACUUUAUAAUCGGAAUGUCCUGGCUUUAUAAGAAUCUAUU